AUUUGGCGUGGAAUAGGGUAGUCGGCCAUUUUGUUUGACUGACUAAUCAAAAGGAUUAUUUUGGGAUUUAUUUACACACUUUUGAUCCUCAGUAGGGAUCUGUGUUGUACCAAAAAACAUUUAUAAACAAUGGAAAUCUGCAAAUUUAACAAUUAAAUGUGGAAACCAUGUCCGAGUGAGAAGAAACUUAGCUGUUUCCACACAGUCAAGGGCACCGUUUCGGCACCCGUUGCUGUAUGAAUGCACGGUUAUAAACGAAAAAAACCUGUUCUAUUUGACAUUUACAAUAACAUUAAGCUUUAAAUUUUAACAGGAUAUAGUCAAAGUUACAUAGUGCAAUUAAUAAAUGUCAUCUAUGAUACUACGAAAAGUACGGAAUCAGCUGAUUACUUAGACCCUUCGAUCGAUUAGAAACCAUAAUUUAUUCAACAUGUCGACACGAACGCCUUUGCAGACCGUUCACGAGUCGGUGACAAUUGAUCAUAGGCAAACCGACGACAACGCAAAUCCCCGGAUAACGUCGUCCAGGGCAAGGUCUGAUGAACCACACAUUGGAAAAUAUCGUCUUAUAAAGACAAUUGGAAAGGGAAAUUUUGCAAAAGUAAAGCUAGCAAAGCAUGUGCCAACAGGGAGAGAGGUUGCUAUAAAGAUAAUUGAUAAAACUCAGUUGAACCCAUCAAGUUUACAGAAGCUAUUUCGUGAAGUCAGAAUCAUGAAGAUGUUGGAUCACCCGAAUAUAGUAAAAUUAUUUGAAGUGAUACAAACAGAGAAGACAUUAUAUUUAGUUAUGGAGUAUGCAAGUGGGGGGGAAGUAUUUGACUACUUAGUAGCACAUGGAAGAAUGAAAGAGAAAGAAGCACGGUCCAAAUUUAGACAAAUUGUUUCUGCAGUUCAGUAUUGUCAUCAAAAACAUAUAGUUCACAGAGAUUUAAAGGCUGAAAAUUUAUUGUUAGAUGGUGAUAUGAAUAUAAAAAUAGCAGAUUUUGGUUUUAGUAAUGAAUUUGUACCUGGUAAUAAAUUAGACACAUUCUGUGGGAGUCCUCCAUAUGCUGCACCAGAAUUAUUUCAGGGAAAGAAAUAUGAUGGUCCAGAAGUAGAUGUAUGGAGUUUAGGUGUAAUAUUAUAUACACUAGUCAGUGGGUCAUUACCAUUUGAUGGCCAAAAUUUAAAGGAAUUACGAGAACGGGUUUUACGGGGGAAGUACAGAAUACCUUUUUAUAUGUCAACAGAUUGUGAAAAUUUGUUGAAAAAGUUUUUAGUAUUAAAUCCUACAAAAAGAGCAAGUUUAGAGAAUAUAAUGAAAGACCGAUGGAACAAUAUGGGUUAUGAAGAUAGAGAAUUAAAACCUUAUAGUGAGCCGCCCAAGGAUCUUUUAGAUUCAAAGCGGAUAGAACUUAUGGUCAAUAUGGGAUAUAGUAGGAAAGAUAUAGAAGAUACAAUUACACAUCAAAAGUAUGACGAUAUUCAAGCUACAUAUCUACUCUUAGGGCGAAGGACAUUAGAAUUGGAAGGAAGUGAUCGGUCAGGUAGCAGUCAAUCAUUACGGAAUUUACCAUUAUCUUCAUCAAAUCGUCCACAUAGUGAAAACACCGCCAACAAUAACCAGUCUCCAAAUAAAGUCACAAGAAGUCAGUCAGCAACGAGUAGUGGUAGUACUCAGGGCCGCAGGCGGUAUAGCCAUGGUGGUGAUAAGGGUAGGUCACAUGGUAACUCUGGCUCAUCUAACUCACAGUCAACAACUUCUCAUCCUCCUCGACGUCAAAAUACAACAAUCGAUACAUCAACUACAAAGGAAAACAUGUUGACAACAGGAAGAAAAACACCAGGAUCUGUUGAAUCCCCAAAGAAGAGUCCUUUCAUCAGAGACAGUAUCAAAGAUCAUAAUAAGAUUAGUUCAUCAACACCUGCCAGAGCAACCAUGCCGAAAAAAUUAAGUUCAGCUCCAUCAUCCACACCAAAAAAUAAUGUGGUACAAAGCAGUAUUCCGCGAAGAUCAGCUGGACGAAGUGAAACAUUUAGUCCAGGAGACUCGCGCAUACAACCUCCAAAUGAAAAGCCAAGUAGAACAACAAAUGGUCAACAUGAUCUCAGGGGCUCAAUGACCAACUCUACAGAUAGUGCUACAUCUGAUGUUCCUUCAGUCAGACCAAAAGGUCAUGGUCAUGUCAAAUCAGCCAGUUUAAGCCAGUCUCAGACAUCUAGAGUUACAGACUUACCUCCCUUGUCAGACAGUGAAAACUAUCGGCCAACAACUGCACCAGGAAAAACAUCACAAUUACCGGUGUCUCCUGCAUCUACAAAGAGUUCCUUAUUGUACCGAAACACUGCAAGUAGAAACACAUUCCAUGGUGGACCCAUACGGGACAGACGGCAACAAAGACAAAUCAAUGGUCCAGAUGGGGUCCCUUCACGUACUCAGGAUGAAUCGUCCAUGAAUACUAACAGACAGUCUUUUUUCAAUAAAAUUAGUCAAAAAUUUAGUCGCAGUGCUAUGGAAAAAAGGACUAACUCAAAUGAUUUUAACAAAUUGUUCCGCAGGUCUGUCAAUGAGAAUCGAGAAUCUGACAUACUGAAGCCGAGGUCCUUGAGGUUCACUUGGAGUAUGAAGACCACUAGUUCUAUGGACCCAAAUGAUAUGAUGAAAGAAAUAAGAAAAGUUUUAGAUGCCAACAACUGUGAUUAUGAACAAAGAGAAAAAUAUUUACUUUUAUGUGUCCAUGGGGACCCUAAUACAGACAGUUUAGUGCAAUGGGAAAUGGAAGUGUGCAAAUUACCAAGACUUUCACUUAAUGGUGUACGCUUUAAAAGAAUUUCAGGAACUUCAAUAGGAUUCAAGAACAUUGCUUCCAAAAUAGCCAAUGAAUUGAAACUUUGAUGAGAGUGUAUGAUUUUAGAGUAUACAAGUUGCCAGAAUGCAAUCCUGGUUAUGACGAAAUUUAUAAUCACUGACAAGUGAUGUUGGUAAUAUUGCUGCUCAAACAGAAACCUUAUCAUUCAGAAACUUAUGAAUAUUUUAUGGUGUUUUGUCUUUCAUUAAUUAGGAUAUUUUAAAUGUUUUGAAGGUAGCCAGAAUAUGAAUAAAUUAUACUUGGUUACAUUUUUGUCAUAUGACUAUCAUGAUUGCAAUAUAAUUACUUUUAUACUGGAUGUUUAUUUCUCUAAGAUAUAAAAUGGGUGGGGGGGGGGGGGGCAAUGUGGAAUGUGAAAUCCACCUACAUUUUGAUGAAGGUUUCAACAUAUUUAGAAUUUCAUAGGAUUAAAUUAAUAGGUUUUUAAAUUUUUUCUUUUGGGGGCUGGAAAGAACGUUUUAAUCAUUGUAAGAUUGCUACCUUGAACAGUACCCUAUUGAUGUCGGUCAAUAAGCAAUUCUUUUGAGCAGCAAUAUGAAAUACUGUGCUAUAUUUAACUGUGAUCUAAGGGUUCAAAACAUAUAUCAUUUAACAUUAAACUAUUGUAUCACAUUUUUUAUACAUGUACAAAUUGUAAAAUAGAAAUGUAUUGCCCUCUAGAGACUUAGUUUCUCAAGGGUAAUCAAGUGUACAAAUGUACUUUAUAUAUAGAUAAUGUACUAUGAAGAAGUUUUUGUUUAGAACAUCUUUCUUUGAUGCGGUGAAUGAUUAUGUGUAUGAUCAGUGAUGUAAAAGUUUUAUAGUAAUCUUGCUUCCACUAUCAUUAUUUAGUUCCAGGACAAUUUAUCACAAUGUGAGUCAAUUGUUAUGCAUCUCAGUUCAGGCAAAAAAAAGAUCAAAGUAAUUAGUGAAUGACUUUACUAUGGAAAGAUCAACAUAAUACUCAAAACUAAAGGGAAGUAGGGAUUUUAUGAAGUCUGUGAUUUUCAUGUUGUAAACACUUAAAGAUAAGUUCAAGGUUUCACAUAUAUCAGUCUAUUUUUUUGUGGUCUUGCUUAAGAUGGCUCUGUAUUGAAGGAAGGCACUUGAAAACACUUUUAAAGACAUUGGUUUCAAUCCUUCUUUGAGACAAACAUUGAACAAGAGUUAAUGAGAAUAAAGGAAUACAGUCUACUUUAAAUAUACUUAAUGUUUUCAUUGUAUAUCGAAAUUGGUCAUUAUAGUUCUACAAAAUUUGAAAAACUAAUGGGCUGUUAAAUGUUUUUCCGUAAUUCUUUGUUAAGAGUAGGAUAACAGCAAAAAUAUCUGAAUUCACAGCUUCUUUUCUCAAAAUAGAUUGUGUAAGCACAUUUGAAUCUUGUGGAUUUUCGUUACAUAAUUUUUUCGAAAGUGGUGUUCCAGUAUAAGGUGCUGUGUACAUUUCAGAAUUUUAUUUUUAUAGAGCUGAUCACAUGCUGUGUUUGGUGCUUUAUAGAAAAAUUCAAUUUAGAGCUCAUCUUCACCAAUAUAUAAGUAUUACAAAAGAUUUCUUUACUUGUAGAUAAUAAACUAGAUUUAUGUUGAAUUCUCAGGAGCGUAUUCAUCAGAAGGAAAUCAACUAUUUUCAAAAUAUAGAAACACAUUAGGCUUUGAUAGAUAUGACACAUUAUAUUAUUUUAAAUGGUGAGAUAAGAGGAGUUUGUUUAAUAGUUCCACAAGAUGCAAAGUAUUUUAGUAUUAUUAUAUUUGUUUUCUGUUUGAAGAAUCAUGAUAUGGAAAUUAAGCAGGAAUACUAUGAUACAAUCAAGGAUUUUUGUAAGAGUCCUUAUUUAAAUCUGAGUGAAGAAUCGAAAUGAAAAGUAUGUUGUCUUUACAUACAGAAAUAAUGAUGUGUUUGGUUUGUGAUACAUUUUGGCUGUUGAAGGAAUUAACUGUUUCACUUGGAGAUAUUUUGCAAUGGUUUUUACAUUAAAACUUCUUUCUGCCUGUUUGUUAAUGGUUACUCAGGCAAGAAAGCACAAAAAAGUUUAUUUACGAACACUAAGAGUUUGUCUUUUGUUAUAUUUUGGCUACCAAUAGCAUAUAGUGAGUCCAUAACCGGAAUAACUUGGGCUGUAUAAGGCAUUGUUGAUUGAUUACAGUCUUUCAUAAUAAGUGGACAUAUUAACUUUUUGUACUGUCUCUGUGUAUCCUCUCUUUACUAUUGUAAAUAUCCACAUUUGUGUUUCCAAUUGUAUAAAUAUUGUAUAUUUCUCAGAUAGUUAUAUUUAAAAAAAGAUUGUGUACAUGUUUAAAGAUUUAUUUACAAAAGAUGGUUAUGAAUGGGAUGAGAGUAUGAAUGUAGGACAUUUUUUAAAAGUCAGGGUUUUGUGUUGUCUGUUAGAUGGGAAAAACAAAACUUGAAUAAUCACCUCAUGGUGGGAAAAUCAAAUAGUGAAUAUUAUAUGCAAUGAAUGAAUCAGCUACACCAGUGUGGCUCUUGUGCAAGCCACAAUGUUAAGCAUAAUUUAUUAUUUAUCUGAACAAGCAGUUCUUUUUUAAUCCUCAUUAAUAAAUAUUUAUAGUUUAGUUUUUGUGAAAAAGUUUUAAAUCUUUUGUACUAUUUUAUCAGCACAGGUGGCAAAAUGUUUUUAACUAAGUUCAUUAUUUUUGGGGAGAGAGAAGGAGGAGAAUACAUUAUACAAUGACUUGCAAACUUUUUUCUCCAAUUGACAAAAUUGUUGAUAGUAUUAGCAUUUUUCUCUUUCUCUAAGUCCUAUAAUAGAUUUGUUUUGGCUGAACAGUUCAAUAUGACUUUUGUUCAGGAUUUUGAUAUGACAAUUUAGUCACAUUCGAAAUUCACUAGAUAAAUAAUUAAAAAUAUUUUGUUAAAGAGAUAAACUCUAAAAAAUCAUACUUUGUUUAUAAUAGGCAAGGUUACUUUUUGGUCAAUCAAUUCUGCAGUUUUCAGUUUAAAGAGAGAAUGAUUUUUUUCCUGUCAUACAAUAAUGAAAGAUGAGCUACUUGACCUUCCUCUAAUUAUUGCACAUUAUGUUUAAUUCUGGAAAAUAAUUAGGGGGGAAAACUUAGCUUUUCAAUUUUACAUCAUGUAUACUAAAAUUAUCAUUAUUUGUAAUUUAAUUAGGGCUGUUCCAGAAAAAUAUUUCUGUGGGCUUUUGAAACACUUACAUAUUUUAUUAUCAACAAUGGUUAGCUGUAGACCAUAUUUUAGCAUUAAGUAUUGAACAUUCUUUGUACAGUAGGGCAUCUUGAAUAGUGACUUCAAAGACUCCCUUGUGGAUUUUUUUCUUGAACAGUCCUACAGUAACUUUUAAAAACUAGUUAAAAAGUCACUAGGUAAGAAAAAGAAUCAAUCACAUUUUAUUUUAAAUGCCAGACAGGAAAUCUUCCAAGUAAAAUUUCAGUUACUCCUAGAAGAUGUGACUGUUUGAGAUUUACAUGUCUUUACUACUAUGUUAGAUUCUUUACUAAAUAACCUUGUCUUUGGAAGUUAUUUUUUCCUAUUUUUUAAAAACUUGUUGAUAAUACCUUUUAAAGAAGAUAUCAGACUAAUGUUUAAAAGAGAUAAUGUACUACAAUACAAAGCCUAAGUAUCCUUAAUUUUGUUUGUUUCCAAUAGGCAAUGAUUAAUUAAAUAUCAUAUUACAUAACAUUAAAAUUCUUCCUUUGAUGUCAUUCUUUUAUGUGUACUGAUUAUUAUUUUUAGAAUUUGUUGUGUAUUUAUUUCCCUAUUAGAUAUCAGUGUUAAAACGAUUCUUUUCCUUUUGUUGAAAAAAAAAGUCAAAAAUGUGUGUUAAAAUUUUUAUUUGCGAAACAAUCUGUCUGUCAAAUUUAGAUAUCAAUGAAGUGCUUAAAUAUAUUUAUUAACUUUUUAGUUGAAUUUUCUUUAAUGAAUUACAGAAGUUUGUGUUUUAAUAUGAAAUUGUCCACUGAGCCUACUGUGCUGUAAAAUAUUUUGAAUUGUUUGAUCUUGUUCAAAGGGGAAAGUGCUUAUAUGAAUAAACAAUGCCAAGUCUCUGCUGUUGGUGAGACAUUUAUUUCAAUUUCAUUGUUUCAAUGGUUUCUUCUGUUUAUCAAGCACAUUAUAGAAAAGGACAUCAUGAAAUUCAGCACUGAUAUUUAAUGGGGGAUUGACUAGUUACAAAAUUAAAAAGUUCUGAAAAGAUAUAGUAUGGAUAAAAGAAUAUUUAUUAGAUACAAGUAAGUUUUAUCGAAAGCAAUUUUUUAUUAAUUAUUUUUCUAGCGUUCUGUAUAUACGCGAUCAAAUCUGUAUUAUCCAAAUUUUUGUUUAAAACAUUAGAAUUGUUAUUUUACUUUAAAAAGAAAAACAAUUUAAUUUAAUUUUAAUUUUUUUGGUCCAAAACUGGCUUGGGGUAAAAUUGCUAUCAAUGAACAGUGAGGUAUACCAGUGUGUAUAAAUGUUAAGCAUGUUUAAAGUACGGUAGGCCACAGUUGGCAACAAAGAUGAUGUGAUACAAAUUAUGCCAGUCAUUUUUUUGCUUUAUAAGUUGAAUUUUGACAUCUGUUUUGUUCACCUAAAAACUUGAAACAAUAAAGUAGAAAUAAACAACAUUUAAAAAGAUUUGAUCUUUCCUAAUGGAAAAUUUAUAUAUAUGUCUUCUUUAUUCAUGAAUAUUUAUUUAUUUUAUAACAACUUGGUAUAUUAAUUUAAAAACUGAAAGAACAUUAUUUAUCAGUUCAUAUUUAUUUUUAUUUUAGAAAAUGUUAAAUAGUGGAACUAUUAUUUUUUCAAAUCAUGAUAUGCAACCUCAGUAGACAGUUGUCUUGGUGAACAGAAUGAAUGUGCAAAAUUGUUUUUUUUUUUAUUGUCAUACUGGAGUUGUUACUUUUGUUUUUAUAAUUGCAGCAACACCUUUCAGAUGCUUUCUGUAAUUACCAAGUAGAAAAUCAAUAACUUUUUCGUUGAUGUCUUUCAAGUCUCUUCUUUUGUUUCUUUUAAGUCUGGAUGUAUGAUUUCAUUGGUAACAAUUUCAGCAUGAUGACCUAAGCAUUAAAUAAUUGUUUGGUGGAGCCUAUGUUUUGUUGCACUUUAAAUCACUACAGAUCUCACCAUGAGACCAUCAUUAACCUACAGAAUAAUGUGACAUUAAUGAGAAAAUAAAAACUCAUUUUAAAA